UAUGGUUACAAGUUACAAGAUAGUGUUACAAGUGUCAGCUGAAAUUUAAUUAAUAAAAUUUCUCAUGUACUAAAUUUAUUUUUUUCUCAAACAGAAAUUUUGAGUGAUGGUUUUAAAGUAUAUAUGUUUCAUAUUUAAAAUUGUCGUGUACGUUGUCUUAGAAUAAAACAAUAAAAGUGCAUUCGGCAUUUUAGAAAUGGCAGGAAUUAAAGGACUGGUAUGUUUAGCGUUUGCUGGAUCUAUAGGAAUGACAUUUGUUAUACUGGCCUGUGCUUUGCCCCAAUAUAAGAUAUGGUGGCCAUUUUUUGCAGUCCUUUUCUACAUACUAUCACCUAUACCUACGCUGAUAGCGAGGCGUUACAACGAAAAUCAAGGAUCCAGUAAUGGUUGUAUGGAAACUGCAAUAUUUAUUACUAUGGGUUUAGUCGUUAGUUCAUUUGCACUACCUAUUGUGCUAGCUAGGGUGACUACAAUUCAGUGGGGUGCAUGCUAUUUGACUUUAGCAGGAAAUGUUGUGGUAUAUUUUACUUUGAUAAGUUUCUUCCUUACUUUUGAUCAAGAAGAUGCUGAUUAUAAUAUGUGGUAGAAUUUUUUUUAAUAACGAACCAAAACUAAGAACUGGAGUGAAAGUUGUAUGAUGUGUAAUAAGUAUAGAUAUACUAGUGUAUCUUUCAAAUUAUUAAGUUUAUUUUCAAUUUAAUGUUUCUUGUUUUGUUUUUUAGUUGGUAUCAUUUAAGAGCUAAGAAUCUAAUACCUGUUACAAUACAUAAAUGAUAUAUUUUUUUCAGUUGCACUUUCGGUACUUAAAGUACUUAUACUUUUUGAAUUUUAUGAAAAGCUAUAUUAUGUGUAAAUAUUUAUAAUUU